ACGACCAUCUAUAGGAAGCCAAGAGUUCGUUUCACCUCGUCUUCACUCUCUAACUUUCUCUGAAAUCUUUUCGCUCCCUCUCUAAUUUCAGUUUCACCUUCUCGCUUGCAACUUGAGACUGUUUUAAGACCAUUUGAGUAACGAAUGAUAAGCAUCCCACGUAAUACACAGGGUUUCCAUGGGUUUUGAUAACGAGAGUAUACUGAAUCUCCAAACUCUUCCUGGGGAGUACUUUUGCCCAGUUUGUCGGCAACUUGUUUACCCCAAUGAAGCCUUACAAACGCAAUGUACACAUCUUUAUUGCAAACCAUGUCUGGACUGGGUUCUGAUCGCCACUCGUGCAUGCCCCUACGAUGGUUACUUGGUGACCGAGGCAGAUACAAAGCCAUUGUCAGAGACAAAUAAAGCUCUUGCUGAGACGAUUGGUCGUAUAGUGGUCCAGUGUCUAUAUCACAGGAGUGGGUGCACGUGGCAAGGCCCAUUAUCGGAAAGUACUGCCCAUUGCAGUGGUUGUCCUUAUGGCAAUUCCCCUGUUGUAUGCAAUAGAUGUGGAGCACAAAUCGUACAUCGGCAAGUUCAGGAACAUGCACAGAAUUGCCCUGGGACACAGCCCCUAGCUCAGCAGCCGGAGGCUGGCCAGGCUUCAACCACUCCAACAACACAACAACCUGAUCCGACCCAAGCUAAUCCACCACCUACAAAUCAGCAAAAUCCUCCUCAAGCUGCUGUUGCUGUAGCAGCAGCAGUGACACCAGCUAACCAGCCUGUGGCUUCUCAUCCUUCAGCUCAGGAUCCAAGUCAAGGAACCCCAACUGUUCAAGUACCACAAGCUGGAGCUCAGGCACCAACCUCUGAACAAUGGUAUCAGCAACAAUACCAGCAAUACUAUCAACAAUACCCUCAAUAUGAUCAGUAUCAGCAACAAUGCCAACAAUAUGAACAAUAUCAACAGCAUGCUCUUCAACAAUUCCAACAACACCAGUUGCAGCCACACCCACAAGGCACACAACCUCAACCACAAGGUCCACAAGCUCAGCCACAGGCCUUACAACCCCAACCACAAGGACCACAACCUCAUGUCCAACCCCAAUAUCCAGCACAAGCUCAGGCCUAUGUUCAACCUCACCCUCAGCCUCAAACCCAAAUGCAUGGUCCAGUUCAACAACCUAUUCCAAUGCAACCACAAGCCCAGCCCCAACAAUUACCAGCUCAACAACAGCCUCACCCAAAUGCCAUCGCUCAACCUCAUACCCAUCCACAAGCCCAGCCUCACCCCCAUGCGCAACCCCAUAUGCAGCCUCACCCUCAACCACAACCUCAACUCCAUCCCCAACCUCAUAUGCAGCCACCUGUUCAUGCGCAACCCCCACCCCACGCACAACCACAUCUUCAUGCACAACCUCAACCUCAACCUCAACCUCAACCUCAUCCUCAUUCUCAUCCUCAUAUGCAAUAUCCACAACCUCACGCACACCCUCAAGCCCAGCCUCGGCCCCAAAUGCACCUUCCCCACCCUCAGCCAGGGCAGGUAGUUACUGGUCACCAGUCAUAUGUGCCACCAACUCAACAAGCCAUGCCACCUCAGCAAAUGCAAGCACAACCCAUGCAUGCACAACCCCAGCGGCCUGCUGGCCCCCCAGUCCAUAUGCAGGGCCAGUUCCCCCCACUUCAGCAGCCUUCUAUGCACCAUCAGGCCAUGAUGCACCCAGCACAAGGGCCACCCCCUCACCCUCAAGGCCCUCCUAUGCAUCUGCCACAAGGUGCUCCUAUGCACCAUCAGCCCACCCAAGUUGCCCCGCAUCGAGCCAUUCACCCCCCUCCUCAGCAACAACCCAUACCUCAACAUCAGCCACACCCACACCCACUCCCACACCCACACCCACACCCACACCCGCUCCCACACCCACAGUUUCAACAACAGGGGCCUCCUGGACCUAUGCACCCUCCUCAGCCAUACCCUACACAACCACAAAAUUUGCCCCAUAAUCAGCAUCCACCCCCAAUGCAAAACCAGCAGCCUAUGCGACCGCAAGGGGUGCCACCCACUAUGCACCAACACCCUGGAGUACCACCUCAGCAAUAUCCCCAUCAUGCUCAGCCAUCACUGGGCUUGGCCCCUGGUGCUAGUUCUCAUAUCAUGGUGCAAGGCCUGCAACUCAGGGUCAUGGGGUGCCCCAACAAUCCUUUCCUCAAUCUCCUGGUGCUAUGGCUGGUCAGGCAUUGGCUUCCAAAUCAGAAUUACAUGGUGAGACCGGGGCAACGGCCACCGUCACAAACUCCACAUGAGACUAGUGGCCAAGGCUCUUUGUUUCCUUCAUCUGUGCCUCAAUCUGGGGCAAACUCAAAUCAGGUUUCCUCUGCUGCAACUGCUAGAUCAGAAUUGGAAUCGAUGGAGCGAAGAGAUGUACCGGAGAAGAUUAUUCAUUCUCCAUCCCAUGCCAAAGCUUCUGAUGGAGGAAGGGAGCCGAUUGAAUCAGAGAAUGCAUUUGUUGAAGGUGAUGAACAGAAGUCAUUGGGUGAUUUGAAGUACAAAGUAAAGGAAGAGAAGCUGGGUGGCUUGAAGGAAGAGGAGAGCGUGCUUGAUCCUGCUGUUUCUGAGGCACCUCAUUCUUCACCCAAGUUCCAUGAUGUGGGUUCUGACUCUGAAAGAUCAGAUAAAAAAUCUGAAGAAGGGCGAAAAAUUGUGAAGGAAGAAGUUUCUGAUAAUUCUUUGGAGGGUCAGGUUGAUCACAACGAUGCCCAAUUCACUGAAAAGUUAGGCAAUGUUGCUGAGCAUGAAGUGAAGGACACCCAAGAAGGGCUUCAAGGGCCAGAUGGCAAGAUGCAACAAGAUUCUCAAAAUACACAGGGACCUCGACAGUGGGAGGAAACUGUGCAAAAUUUCCCAGGACUUGAUAAGCCCAUGCAAAAUGCUUUUAACCAGGGUCAGAUUCCACCAGGUAAUGAAAGAAUUAACUUGCAGGCUCCUCUUCAACAAUUUCCUGCUCCUUCUGGACAAGGAGUGCCUCCUGGUUUUGAUAGGAAGCAAACUCAAUCCAAUUUUCAAGACAGGAACUUGACCCAGUUUCCUCCGCGUCAAGGCCCAAGAGUAGAUGAAUACCAGAGCUAUCCUCAGCCAGCUAGGCAAGAACCUGGUCAGUUGCAGCCAAGGGGCUAUGUUCAACCUGGUGCUCACUCUUUCCCUAUUCUCGAGCAAGAGAGAUAUCCACAACAACCCCUGCCUUGUGGCCCUCCUCCUCAUGGUCCUGAGCGUGCACCUCAAAGGCCGCCUCCUCUUCAAGAUCAUAUGUUAGCGCCACCUCAUAUGCAAGGGCCAAUUCAGGAAAGGAGGUUUCCUGAUCCUCAUUACCCAGCUCCAAUUCAAGGGCAGCAGGCUCCUCACUUGAGGCCUCAGGUGCCUGAUAUGAUAGAGAAACCGCCUGGUCCUCCACUCCAUCAUGGUCCUUUGCACCCUGGAGUUCAAACAGGUGGACCAGGAGAUAUUGGAAGGGGGCCAAACCAAUUGGGAAUGCCACCACCAUCAUUGCCUCCUCAAGGCCAUAGUUCAGUCCCUAUGUAUCCUCCUUCAAAGCAUGCUCCAGGAGAACGUUUGCCUGGACCACCUUCUGGGCCAUUUGAUGGUCCAGGGAGCAUGAUGCCUAGGGCACCUGUACAUGGUAUUGAUAAUCAGAUGGGUCGGCCACCUAUGGAUCAUGUUGACACAUUUUUGAAGAAUAGGCCUGGAUAUUUUGAUGGCAGGCAACCAGAUGUUCACCAAUCCUUACCUUCUGAUCGUGCUCCUUAUGGCCUGGUUAAUGGGGCAGCCGGUAAGGGAAGUAAUGUGCCAGAGUCUGCAUUUCCCCAUGGUUUACCAGAGGAAAGGUUUGGGCCUUUGCCGGAGGAUCGAUUCAAGCAUUUGCCUGAAGAUGGUUUAAAGAAGCCUUUGCCAGAUGAUCAUUUCAGGCCUUAUGCAUUGGACCCAAGUAGGCGUGCUAUUGACCGGCGAGAAUUUGAAGAAGAUCUCAAGAAAUUUCCUAGAUCAGGCCAUUUAGAUGGAGAACCUGCUUCCAGAUAUGAUGGUUACUUCUCAUCUCGGAAUCCAAGUGGCCAUUCACCAAGGUCACUUGAAAGGCCUGGAUUGAAUCUUGAUGCCCCACGAUAUCCUGAAGGUAUGUCUGUGCCUCCAUACCGUGGUGCUGGAGGUUCAUCACUCGACCUUGGGGAUAGGUCAAAGCCUGGUGGUUUUCAUGGUGAUCUCAUUGGCCGAAAACUGGACACAACUGGGGCUCGUAGCGAUUACGGUGGGCCUUUUCCAGAGGUGAGUCGAUCUCAUCGUGACGGUUUGGGUCCGCCAAGAAGCCCUGUUAGAGAUUAUGCUGGAGUAAGAGUCUCUGGUGUUCGGCCUGAUUAUGCUGGCAUUCCUCAUCCAUUAGAUGGUUUGGGUGGUAGGGAGCCGCUUGGUUUUGGUGAACAAAGAGCUAGAGCUUUUUUAGAUCCAAUACAUGGUGGCAAAAUCCCCUCUGGUCCUUUUGAGAGCCGAUUACCCAUUCCAUCACGGAUUGCUGAGUCUGCUGGUUUUGGUGACUUUCCUGGCCAUUUGCGGGGUGGUGAUCCAUUUGGUCCGAGCCAUUUUAGAAGUGGUGAGUUGCCUAGCCACUUGCGGGGCAGGGAGUUGGCUGGUUCAGGUAACUUGCCUCCUCACUUACGGAUUGGAGAGGCCAUGGGUCCUGGUGGUCAUUUACGUGAACCAGGGUUUGGGAUGCAAGGUUACCCCAAAGAUGGUGGAUUCUAUAACCCGGGUUCAUUUCCUCCAAGUGAUGUGGAUGCUUUGGAGUACUCAAGGAAAAGGAAGCCCGGCAGCACAGGAUGGUGUCGUAUCUGCAAGGUUGACUGUGAGACAGUAGAGGGUUUGGAUUUGCAUUCACAAACUCGAGAGCAUCAAAAGAUGGCCAUGGAUAUGGUUUUAAGUAUCAAGCAGGAUAGUGCGAAGAAGCAGAAAUUGUCAUCGGAGGACCAUGUGCCACAAGAAGAGCCAACGAAGGGGAGAAGGGCUAGUUUUGAGAGUCGAGGAAGCAGGCGUUAAACUUGUGGUUCACAUCUAUGCAUUCUGGGGGAGAAUUUUUGAUAUUGGUGUGGCUCUUUGAAGAAGUUAAAUUUGGUUUUAUGAGCAUCGUGAGUUCUUUAGCGCAUAGAUCAGAUAUUUUCAUAUCAAUUUGUCAUUCCUUUGUGAUACUUUGUUUCGAGUGGCAAGGCUUUGUGCAAACUAUGAACUUCAAUAUUGGGAUUUUGUUUGUCAUGUUUCAUUGCUUUAUUAUAUUGGCGAAGUCUUGGUCUAACUAGUAUAUCUUUUGGAUAAGAAAGUGAUUUCAAUGUUAGCAUGUAAUGUGAUGAUCAUUAGAUUGUUCAA